UGCUGUCAGUGAAAAGUGCGCGCGCGCUCGUUCUGUUUUGACUGGCAGUCGCGCUGUUUUCGGUCGAGUUUUCAAUAAAAAUCGGAAUUUGAAAUCAAAAUCGAGUGUUUUGUGACCUGUUUUUGUGAAUAUUGUUGUUUGAAAACUGUUACCAAAUUACCCAGUGCCAUGUCCAAGAACAAAGACAAGCUAAACAGCUCGAACACGCUGUUCAACUACUUUUCCAAAUCGCCAGCCACACCAAAGAUCAAACCGGUCGGGUCGGGAUCGAAUCCCGGAACGCCGGUGAGUAGUGCCUCCAAUGGAGGUACCCCAAAGGGAAUUAAGCUGGAGAAAGUUGUGCCAUCACCAGUGGAGAAGAAGGAGGAGGUGAAUGGCGUGAGGGACGGAGCAGGUGACGAAGAGGACGAGAUCCAACCGGUGAAGAAGCGAAGGCGGAUUGUGAUGAUGGAUGAUGAGGAAGAAGGGGAUGGGGAUUCGGACAGCGAGAACCGAGUGAAGAACGAGAAAACGCCCCCGAAGGCGGAGAUGUUGUCUUCGUUCAAGCGGGUGGUGAAGGAGGAGGUUUCGGAGUCGCCGGUGCAGAAGAAGGUCAAGGUGGAAGCCGUGGAUGGUGCUGAGGGAAAGAAGGAUUUGGCGGAUUUGGGCGGCGAUGAGGACGAUCCGAGUGCUGCCGUUCUGGACGAACCAACCGUUUGGGCUCAUCAAAAGUUGGACUUCUUGAAACCGGACAAGAUUAAGGACAUCCACGGGAACAGACCGAGCAGCGAGAAGUAUGACUCGAGAACUCUGUACGUACCGGAAUCGUUCCUGAACACGCUGACUCCGGCCAAUCGUCAGUGGUGGGAGCUGAAGUGUCGUCACAUGGAUUGUGUGCUGUUCUUCAAGGUGGGUAAGUUCUACGAGCUGUACCACAUGGAUGCCACCGUCGGAGUGGAGGAGCUGGGAUUUUCCUACAUGAAGGGUGAGUUUGCUCAUUCCGGCUUUCCGGAGCAGGCGUACGAGCGGAUGGCCACUUUGCUGGUGGAGAAGGGAUUCAAGGUGGCUCGCGUGGAGCAAACCGAAACGCCGGACAUGAUGCAGGAGAGAUGCAAGAAGAAUAAGACCAACUCGAAGUAUGACAAGGUGGUGAAGCGCGAGAUUUGCCAGGUUUCUCUCAAGGGGACGGAGGUUUUUGGCCAGCAGGUGCACAUGACCCUCAAUCAUCAGCCGAAGUAUAUGUUGGCCAUUACGGAGCGUACCAAGGGGGAAGUUGGCAGUCGGUAUGGAGUGUGCUUCGUGGAUACUUCUCUGGGGGUGUUUCACGUUGGCGAGUUUGAGGAUGAUUCGCAGGGAUCUCGACUUUUAACGUUGCUAUCGCAUUACGGUCCGGCGUUGGUUCUUCAAGAGCGGAAUGUGGCCUCGGCAGCGACACAACAGAUCUUCAAAACAGUUCUGGCAGGAAUCCGGAAGGAAGCUCUUACCAACGAAUCCCAGUUCUGGUCAGCCGAGAAAACUUUGAAAUAUCUGGCGGAGAACUUUUAUGGGAGUUCCAAGGACGAUCAGAGCUCGAAAUGGCCAGCAGUGAUCCGCUCUCUGUUGGACAAGAACGAUCAUCUGGGAUUGACGCCGGAUGAGAACUUCAAACUGGCGCUGAAGGCUUUGGGAGGUUGCAUUUGGUAUCUGAAGCGGUGUUUGCUGGAUCAGCAGAUUAUUUCACUGGCCAGUUUCGAGAUGUACAUUCCGCCGGAUGACGUGGACACUUGCAAGAACUUGAAAAUCGAGAACACCAAUCGCUUCAUGGUGCUGGAUUCGGUAACUCUGAACAAUCUCCGGAUUACCGAAGGUGAACAGUCGCUGGUCAACCGGAUGGACCACUGCUGUACGAAGUUUGGCAAGCGUCUCUUCUAUCACUGGAUUUGCUCCCCAAGCUGCGAGCGGGACGUCAUUGUGCAAAGGCAGGAGGCUGUAUCAGAACUAAUUGACGACGUUUCGCUACUUCAGGACGUGCGUCAAAUCCUGGGCGAACUUCCGGAUCUUGAGCGAAUGCUAGCUCAGAUUCACACGUUUGGUAAUGCGGAGCGCAGCAAGAACCAUCCGGACGGAAGGGCCAUCCUUUACGAAGAGCAAACCUACGGUAAAAAGAAGAUCCAGGACUUCAUCAACACUUUGAAAGGAUUCGAAAUCCUUACUAAAGUGCCGGAGUUGUUCGGAAAAGUUUCCUCCAAGCUUCUGGUUCAUCUGACUCAUACACCGGAACGAGGAGGAUCAUUUCCGGACAUGGCGGACAAAAUUCGUUUCUUCGAAGAAGCCUUCGAUCAUGAUCAGGCUCUCAAGGACGGAGUGAUCGCUCCCGGUGAAGGCUUGGACGCAGAAUACGAUGCCGUGGACAGAGACAUCAAAACCAUCCUGGAAGAGCUCGAGGAAUACAAACGAAAGCAGGAAAAGUACUUUGGCUGUAAAAUAGCUUACUUCGGAACGGAUAAGAAGCGCUUCCAGUUGGAGAUUCCGGAGAGUGCCGCCAAGAAGGCCAACAGUGGUUAUACCUUGGAAGGACAGAAAAAGGGCAAGAACGGGGUGAAGCGCUAUCACACGGACGAGACGCGUGACUUCCUCAAACGGAUGCUGCAAACCGAGGAUCAACGGAAAGCGGUUCUCAAGGAUUUGUCUCGGAGAAUCUUUGAAAAGUUCUCAAGCAGCUACCAGAUGUGGAAAAUAUGCAUCGAUCUGACCGGAACGCUGGACGUCCUUACGUCGUUGGCGGAGUAUGCCCGAAGCGAGGGAAAUAUGUGCGUCCCGGAGAUUCUGGAUGACUCCGUUGGGCAGGUCUUCGAGUUGGAAGAAGGUAUUCAUCCGUGCGUAAGCGAUGCAGAGAACUACAUCCCGAACGGGGUGAACAUCGGAGGAGACGGGGCUCCCUUAGUGCUUCUGACCGGUCCCAACAUGGGCGGUAAAAGUACUCUGAUGCGUCAGGUCGGAAUCCUGGCCGUCAUGGCUCAGAUCGGUUCGCGGAUCCCUGCCGAAAGCUGUCGAAUGACGCUCAUCGAUCGGAUCUUUACCCGCUUGGGCGCGAACGAUGACAUUAUGGCUGGCCAUAGUACGUUCCUGGUGGAACUGAACGAGACUUCCACAAUCCUCAAGCAUGCCACCCGCAAGAGUUUGGUCCUGCUGGACGAACUGGGCCGUGGAACGGCCACCUAUGAUGGAACGUCGAUCGCUGGGGCGGUGGUCAACUACCUGGCCGACCUCAAGUGCCGCUCGAUGUUCUCGACCCACUAUCACAACCUGGUGGACAACUUUACCACGGACAGUCGCGUCCGGUUGGGUCACAUGGCUUGCAUGGUGGAAAACGAAGACGACGAAGAUCCCACGCAGGAAACGGUUACCUUUCUGUACAAAUACGCCGAUGGUGCAUGUCCCAAAUCGUACGGAUUUAACGCUGCCAAACUGGCAGGCAUGCCGGCGUGCAUCAUCAAGCGGGCCCAUGAGCUGUCGAAAACCGUCGAAGCGGAAGCGUUGAAACGUAGAAUUUUCACCAAAUCGCUCCUACAGGAGAAUCCCGGCGACCUGAAGGAACUGCUGCGCAAACUUAAGGCCUGUCGGUUUUAAGUUUGUGCUUGGAUGUGAGGGUAAGUACCACCCGCCGAUCUGACUUGAAAAUUCCUGAAUGUACAACACACUUAAUCCAUGACGGACGAAUGUCGAAUCAAAAUUGCCCAUUAUAUGUUAUCUCCAGAGGUUUUGUCCCAGCAGACCGGACCAGUAUUCGUAUACGACGUUAAGUUUUAUAUUGCUUCUUUUUUUUAGAAUGUAAGGCUCAAUAAACUACCGGUGUUAACCAGUUGAAUGCCAAUCAAACGAAUCGG